UUGAGUAGUGAUGCUGUCAACUCUGUGUAGACGAGCGCAUCGGCCAUCGCCCCUCCCCCUCCACUUCUCUUCUCUUCGAGGAGAGAUUUUAAAUAACAGUAAACUACGUGAGCACACAGAAAUUUUAUCAUCUGUUAUCUGAGCCCAUCCCUCAGCCAUGGUGAUCUACAGUGUGUUUGUGGUCAACAAGGCGGGGAGCCUGAUCUACCACAACGAUCACUCCUCCUCACGCCCAGAGGUGGAGAAGACCUUCGGGUACCCUCUGGAGCUCACGCUCAAGCUGCAAGACGAGCGUCUUCUCGUCAUAUUUGGGCAGCGGGACGGUAUCCGCGUGGGGCACACGCUGUUGGCCAUCAAUGGAGAGGAUGUGUCAGGAACAAAACUGGGAACUGACAAAAAUGAGAGAAAUGUAAUGGACGUCCUCAACGAUCCCAGCAACUACCCCAUCUCCAUCAAGUUUGGCAGACCGAAGCUGUCCAGCAACGAGCGCAUCAUGCUGGCCAGCAUGUUCCAUUCCCUGUUUGCCAUUGGCUCGCAGCUGUCGCCUGAACCACACUCGUCAGGUAUAGAAGUACUGGAGACGGAUGCCUUCAAACUGCACUGCUUCCAGACACAAACAGGUAUAAAGUUCAUAGUCCUGACGGACCCGCGGCAGGGUGGAGUGGAAGCCAUCCUACACAGGCUGCAUGAGCUGUACGCAGACUACGCUCUGAAGAACUCCUUCUAUGCCCUGGACAUGCCCAUCCGAUGUGAACUGUUCGAUACAAGCCUUCAGGCAGUCUUAGAGCAGGCUGAGAAAUCAGGUGUCUAUUCAGGAGUGUAGGUCUUCGGGAGGGAUAUACAUGGAUGUAAUUUAAAUAGCUGUUAUGUAAUGGAUGUCCUUGUAAUAUUGAUCAAUGAAAGAGAUGUCCUUCAACAGGGACAAUGGCAGUUGUCUAUGUUAUGUGAAGUUACGGCCUGGUAUAAACCUGGAGCAACUGAUGUAAGAGAGGUCGUGCUCUUAAACUUUCCAUGAGGUCUUUAAAGCUAAAGAGUCUUCCCGCGUCACGUGACACAUAGGGCGGCACCCAUCUCUGUUCAUUAUCCCUGGGGCACACACAGCAGUCACUACAGCAGGGGGCUAGUCCACUGGUAGGUCUUUGUAUGAAUAAAAUGUUACAUGAAACACUGUAUUAAACACAAUGGUAAUGUGCUUACUCCCUUAUGAAAUGAGUCUUUAGUCCUAUGCAGUUAUUACUACCAGUACAUGUUGCACAUCACACAAAACACAUUCCAGUCAAAAGGACUUUGGGUCAAUUGUUUUUAAUUUGUUGUCUUUUUUUAGAUAUAAAAAUUUUGCCAUUAUCAAGUUAUGUUAUACAUAUUUCUGUUACAAGGCAUAUUUUAACAAUAAUUUCUUUCUGUUUAACAGUACAUUUCACAAUUGCUCACAAUUUUGUAUUUGGGAAACCUAUGUAUCUUCCUUAAGUACAAAGAUAAAGUCAUUUUUCUCUAGUGGUGCCUGUAAAAGUGUAUAUUCCAUUCAUGCAGCAAGUUCUAUCUCUCAAGACUGUGUUGUCAGAAUAGUACCUUUCUUUUAAGCAUUAAGCAUAUAAUUUGAUAUGACUGACAUAUACUAGCUAUAAUGUCAUGGAAGCUCGAGUUCAGUAGACUUACCAAUAGCUUAGCCAACUUUGCAAGACCAUCAGGUGUUUCAAUAAAGUUGCUUAUAAAAAGUUGAUACAGGAA